GGCAAUAGCUUCAUUUUCUACGCGAGAGAAAGAGAGAAAGGGCGAUUUCAGCGAUUGCUUGCCGAUCUCCCGUCAUAUUCUGAAAUCAUGCCAGUAUUUGUGAGUUUAUAUUGAGGUGGUAGAAUAGUUCAACUUCCUCAAGUGGGUAUUGGUUACGAUCCAUCUCGUGCGAGAGUCUCCAUCGUAUUGAAUUCGUGUGUUUCAUUCUCUGAAUUAGUUGCAAUGAUAUAUGCUAAGAUAAGAAUAGAUUCAAAUCAACACUGCAUCGAAAUAUCAUGGAGGCAUUGUUUCUUGGGUACCGCGAGUUAUAUAUGUACUUGGGUUGACAGUGAUGAAAGUGUGAUGUUUAUGUUCAAUGAGACUCUAAAUUCAACUCGUCAUAUUGAAUUAUUUAUUGAGUAUUCGUCUGUUGGAAAUGUAGAAAUCCCACCAGUUGUUGAUUAUGGUGUUGAAUCAUCUACAAGGGUUGAACAUGUGAGCUUUGACUGUGGUAUGAAUGAGCAAGUAGAUGUUGCAGAUGCUGAUGAUGUUGAAAUGAAUAAUCAAGUAAAUGUUCAAGAGCAUAUUGAUGUUGAUGUUGUACGAGGAGACCUUGAUCCACCAUUGUCGUCAUCAUCAUCUGAUGUUAUUCUAAGUGAUGAUUCAGGUGAUGUUUCUAGUGAUGAGGAGAUAGUGUGUAAACUCGUCGUGCAGGGUGAACAACCACUUCCCGAAUACGAUCACAGUGGGUUGAAAUAUUUUCGCAGACUACCGAGUGAUCCUUCUGAGGUACCUGAAGUUGGUAAUGAACACAAUACUAUGUGCUGGGAUGAAGCACACCCGUAUCGGAUUAAUGCGGGAACAAAAUUUGAUAGCAAGCUGCAUGUGAAGACUGCUAUUACUAUGUGGAGUCUGAGGCAACACCGACAAUUUAGGGUGGUUAAGAGCAAAUUAAGAAGGUGGCAUGCCGUAUGCAAAUAUUCAGCAGGGAGGACAGAAGAUGGGGUAGCCAUUAUCAGCAAGAUCGACGCUGAAAAAACGAAUGAAUGUUCGUGGGAAGUUUCUGUUACACAAAGAGCCCAUGGUGAUAUGUGGGAAAUUAGAAAGUGGGUGGGACGCCAUAGUUGUGAAGGUCAUCGUAAUGAUAGAGGACAUGCUAACUUUUCAUCAUCAAUGAUUGCUUUGUGUAUUCGCCAUCAAAUGCUAAAAAAUGCCGAGUACAAAGCCGCAGCAGUACGAAAUUUUGUUCAUGAUAGAUUUCAUGUGGUAGUCAGUUAUAAGAAGACAUGGUAUGCACGGAGAAGGGCUAUAGAGAUUGUAUUUGGUGGAUAA